AUGGGUAAGGAAAAGUUGCACGUUAACGUCGUUGUUAUUGGACACGUCGAUGCUGGUAAAUCUACCACCACCGGUCACUUGAUCUACAAGUGUGGUGGUAUUGACAAGCGUACCAUCGAGAAGUUUGAAAAGGAGGCUGAAGAGCUCGGUAAGGGAUCUUUCAAGUACGCCUGGGUUUUGGACAAGCUUAAGGCUGAGAGAGAGAGAGGUAUCACCAUCGACAUCGCUUUGUGGAAGUUCGAGACUCCAAAGUACCACGUUACCGUCAUUGACGCUCCAGGUCACAGAGAUUUCAUUAAGAACAUGAUUACCGGUACUUCCCAAGCCGACUGUGCCAUUUUGGUCAUUGCUUCCGGUAUUGGUGAGUUCGAGGCUGGUAUCUCCAAGGAUGGUCAAACCAGAGAGCACGCUCUUUUGGCUUUCACCCUGGGUGUCAAGCAAUUGAUUGUUGCCAUCAACAAGAUGGACUCCGUCAAAUGGUCUCAAAAGAGAUACGAGGAGAUUGUCAAGGAAACUUCCAACUUCAUCAAGAAGGUUGGUUACAACCCUAAGACUGUCCCAUUCGUCCCAAUUUCCGGAUGGAACGGUGACAACAUGAUUGAGCCAUCUUCCAACUGUGACUGGUACAAGGGAUGGGAGAAGGAGACCAAGGCUGGUGGUGCUACCAAGGGUAAGACCUUGUUGGAGGCUAUUGACUCCAUUGACCCACCAUCCAGACCAACUGACAAGCCUCUGAGAUUGCCUUUGCAGGAUGUCUACAAGAUUGGUGGUAUCGGAACUGUGCCAGUCGGUAGAGUUGAGACCGGUGUCAUCAAGGCUGGUAUGGUCGUCACUUUCGCCCCAGCUGGUGUCACUACCGAAGUCAAGUCGGUCGAGAUGCACCACGAGCAAUUGGAGCAAGGUGUCCCAGGUGACAACGUUGGAUUCAACGUCAAGAACGUUUCCGUCAAGGAAAUCAGAAGAGGUAACGUCUGUGGUGACUCCAAGAACGACCCACCAAAGGCCGCUGAAUCUUUCAACGCCCAGGUCAUUAUCUUGAACCACCCAGGUCAAAUCUCUGCUGGUUACGCUCCAGUUUUGGACUGUCACACCGCUCACAUUGCUUGUAAGUUCGACGAGUUGAUUGAGAAGAUUGACAGAAGAACCGGUAAGAAGACUGAGGAGAACCCUAAGUUCAUCAAGUCCGGUGACGCCGCUAUCGUCAAGUUGGUCCCAUCUAAGCCAAUGUGUGUUGAGGCCUUCACUGACUACCCACCUUUAGGAAGAUUCGCUGUCAGAGACAUGAGACAAACUGUUGCUGUCGGUGUUAUCAAGUCCGUUGUCAAGACUGACAAGGCUGGUAAGGUCACCAAGGCUGCUCAAAAGGCCGCUAAGAAAUAG